AAAAAAAAAAAAAAGAGGUUAUAUAAGUUCACUGUGUAAACGCCGUUGAGAAAACUUCUCCAUAAUCCAAAUAAAGGAAUAGAAUCGGAUUCAGAUGAGAUCUCUCUAAUUUUUCUGCUCUUUAACAUUUGAAGUAGUAGAUUCAUUUGCCUCCAAGUGAAUUUCAAUCUCAUUCCGAGAUGGCGGACGGCAAUGCCCAAUCAAGGUACGUCAAGUUGACAAAGGAUCAAGUGCCAACCGAAGAUAUCACUCCCGGCGAACUCAAUCAGCCCAUUCCAGUUCCUGAGUUAAUCAUCCACAGAUGUGCUGAAUGCGGGCAAGCUCUACCUGAAAGCUAUGAGCCUCCUGCCGAUGAAGAUUGGACCACCGGAAUUUGUGGCUGUGCUGAUGAUUCUGAGAGUUGCUGGACUGGACUCUUUUGCCCAUGUGUGUUGUUUGGACAUAAUGUCGAAACACUGAGAGAAGAUAUUCCUUGGACCAAUGCAUGUGUUUGCCAUGCCAUGUGUGUUGAAGGUGGACUGGCGCUUGCAGCAGCUACUCUAUUUUUCCAUGGUAUUGAUCCUAAGACUUCUUUUCUCAUUUGCGAGGGUCUAUUAUUUACCUGGUGGAUGUGUGGAAUAUACACUGGGCUGUUUCGACAAUCAUUGCAGAAGCAAUAUCAUCUUAAGAAUUCUCCAUGUGACCCAUGCAUGGUGCACUGUUGCAUGCAUUGGUGUGCCUUGUGUCAGGAGCACAGGGAGAUGAAGAACCAUCUAUCUGAAAAUGCUGCUAUGCAGAUGACUGUUGUUAAUCCUCCACCAGCUCAGCAGAUGAACUCUGGUGGGAGCCAAGAAUCUGCAUCAGAUGAUCAAUCUACUAGAAAUGGUGCACACACUAAUUUGGAGAUACAACCAUUGUAGAUUUGAUGAUUCACCAUACACACACAUCCUAAAGAAUUCUCAGUUCAUUUGUAGUUUUCCCCUCUUUUUUGCGGGUCUUUGAAUUGGAUCAUAUUUAUUUAGGAAUUUUGGCAGUUGCUAGCAUACAACAUCAAAAUUCAGUUUGUUGUUUUGCUUCUUA